UUAACAAAAAAACAGCCGAAAAUGAAACUGCCGAUCACAAAAAUAUCGAAAACAAAAAAGUUGAAAAUAUGUCAGCCGACAUAAAGAAAGUCGAGAAAGUAGAAACAAAAGUAAAAGAAAAAAUUGAAAUUGAAGAGGAAAGAAGAAACAGUGAUGCUGAAAUGUACAAAUUGGAAAAUAAUAUUAAAUAUAAAUUACGAAUAUCAAACGGAGAUGGAAAUUGUUUGUUCAGAAGUGUAUCAUACGCUCUUUAUGACAAUGAAGAAAGGCAUGUAGAAAUAAGAUCAGAAAUUGUAGAUCACAUAACAGAAAAUUGGGCACAGAUGAACGAAAUAAUAAACGGAUAUAGAGUUUCCGCUGAAGUAAAGAGUAACGAAAAGCCAAAAGAGCCGUACAAUAAUGCUGGAGAAUAUGCCGAACAAAUGAAAACAGAUGGAGAAUAUGGCACUGAUAUAGAAAUAUCUCAAAUUCCUGAUAUUUACAAAAGGCGUGUUAACUUAUAUCAAUUAAAAAAUGAUGAAACUGCAUCAAAGAAAAAUGAAAUUGAAGGACGUCAACUUAAUCUAAUGUGGACUAUAAAUUCAUCCAGCGAAAAUUUAGUUGCCAAAGAAGAUAUAAAUUUGUUAUUUUCUAAUAGUCGAAAUAAUGGUCACUUUGACAAUUUAAAAAUAAUUCCGAAACAAAAAAUAUACGAAAUGAAAAUAGUCGAAAAUAAAAAAGUCAAAAAUAUAGAAGUUGAAAAUAAAUCAUCCACAAAGGAAAAAGUCGAAAAGAAAACAGCCGAAAAGAAAAAAGUCAAAAAUAAGUCUGCUGUAAAGAAAGAAGUUAAAAAUGACUUAGUUGAUAACAAAUUAGCUGAAAAUAAUAAAUGUAGAAAAAAUAAGAAAGUAAAUGAAAAUAACAGUCAAACAUUAAAAAUUGAAAUGAUAAAUAUUAAAAAUGAAAUUAUUAACACUGAUCACGUUAACAAAUUUAAAACAAUUUUGAAACAAGAUGAAAGUGAAAAUACAUUAGUACCAGUAGAAGAUUUAAAUCAUCUUAAAGAAGAGAAGUUAUCAAAAGAAUUAACGGUUAAUUGUCACCCAAUAUGUAAUAAGAGAAAAUUUAUUAACAUUGAAAACGAUGAAAAUAAUACAGAUGAAAUGAAAAAGAUUAAAAUGAAUAAUAACGAAAAGAAGUGCAUUGAAGGGGAAAAUGAAACAAUAAUUAGUGAAAAUGACAAAUGCAUUGAAGGGGAAAAUGAAACCAUAAUUAGUAAAAAUGAAAAUGACAAAAAUGAAACAGUUGAACUUAAAAGUUAUAAAGAUGAAAUUAAUGAUAUAAAAAUUGAUGAAAAUAAAGAAGCAAGAAAUGUAGAUAUAAUAUUUUUAAAUGAACGAAAUGAUACUAAUUUUGGUAGUGUGGAAAUGGUAUUGAAUAAUAAUGAACAUAAAAAAGAUGCAAUUAAAAAUGAAUAUGAACCGACUAACUGUAAUGAUUUGAAUGAAAUUGAAAAUAGUAAACUUCAAUCUGAAUUGACACAUGAUGAAAAUGCCAAAAAUACAAAUAAAGCAGACAAUAAUGAAGAAGUUUUGAACGAUAUAUAUGAAUUUGAAAGUGAAAAAGAAACUGAAAAAAUAGAGUCUUUUCAUGAAUAUUUACGAGAUACUAACACUACAUCAACUGAAAAGAAAUUUAUAGAAGAAAAUUUUAGCAUUAACAACAAAAUGUCAAGACAGUGUACAAAUGAUAAAUUGUAUUUUAAUAAUGUCGUGCAAUUAAGUAAAAAUGUAAUUAGAUGCAAAAAAGAAGUUUCUGAACUUAGUAGUGAUGUUAGUUAUAGUGCCAUAGAUAGUAAAGUAACAGUUAUUGGAGAAGGAAAUGUAAAAAUUGAAUGUAAUACGAAAAAAGAAACCAGCAAUGUUCAGAAUAUUGAAAAUGAAAUAAAAAAAAAAAUAUAUUCUAAAACUGUUAGGCAGUAUAAAAAAAAUAUUAUUGUCAAAAACUAAUUCUGAUAUUUCUGAUU